UUUAAGUCACUAUUUGCACAAUCAAAGGAUUCAAAUUUCAUACAUUGUAAUGAGCAUGUCUAUUUCAAGAUAUUUACAUACAAGAUCAAUGUCAUUUGGAUUGAUAAAGAUUCUAAUUGUUCUCAUCUUCUUCUCAAUUAUUCCCUUCAAAUCUGAGGGACAAUUUCAUGAUUGGUGCAUAGCUGAUGAACAAACACCAGAUGAUGAGUUGGUUCAAGCCCUGAAAUGGGCAUGUGAAAAUGGAGCAAAUUGCACAAAAAUACAAGAGAAUCAACCAUGUUACCUUCCAAAUACUGUGAAAGAACAUGCCUCUUAUGCAUUCAAUAGCUACUACCAAAACAUGAAACAAAAAGGGGCUAAUUGCUACUUCAAUUCUGCUGCUCUUUUAACUGCCCGUGAUCCAAGCCAUGAUGUUUGCAAAUUUGAGGUUAUUCCUUGAUCAAUCUUACUUCCCAGAGUUAAAUUUAUUUCUUCUUUUGUCUAUUUAUAUGUUUUAAUUAUUAUUUUUUACUUACAUAAACGAAUUUACUUAAUGGAAAGAUGUGAGAAUUUUGGUUUGAGUAUCCAAUGUCAUUCUUAUAAGUUUACCUCUC